CGGGAAGGCCCCACGGGAGGUGUGCGCGCGGCCGGCCCCUCCCGGGCUUUCCCGAUCCCCUGGAUCCGGCAGCGCGCAUCGCGAGCCGUGCCGACCAUCGGGCUCGUCGCUGAAAAAUGCUUGAAGAAUAACGAACACAUUGACACCUCAGAACCUUGUGGAUUGCGUGUAAUGGAUUUAAGUGACCUGGUAACCUAAUGAAUAAGCCAGCCAUGUCUUGGUGGACCCAACUGCCUUCACCUGUCUGUCGGCUGUGUCGUCAAGAAGCUGGGGACCCUGAAAAGUUAGGAGAGUUUAUGCAGAAAGACAAUCUCAACCUACAUUAUUUCUGCCUUAUUCUCUCUACUGGGCUGCCGCAGAGGGGCGAACAUGACAAUGGAUUCCAUGGAUUCUUACCCGAGGACAUUAAAAAAGAGGUAACCCGCGCAUCCAAGAAGAUCUGCUUCAUCUGUAAAAAAAGGGGGGCUGCCAUCUACUGCCAGAAUGAGAGAUGCCGCAGAAGUUUCCAUCUUCCCUGUGGCCGCGAAAGGGGAUGCAUCUCACAGUUCUUUGGAGAAUACAAGUCGUUUUGCCAGAAACAUAGUCCAACCCAGGUGAUGCAACCAGGACCGUUAGGGCUAGAAGAUUGCAUUUUAUGUUGUGAAAAUCUCUCUGUGCAGAAUGAUCUCAUCCAGAGUCCAUGUUGCAAUCACACAAUAUAUCACCGCGGCUGCAUGCAGCAGUAUGCCCAUUCUUCAGCAAUACAUUUCUUCAAAUGUCCUCAGUGUAACAAUAGGGAAGAGUUUCAUGAGGAAAUGCUAAGAAUGGGAAUACAUAUUCCAGACAGGGAUGCCUCCUGGGAGCUUGAGCCUGGGGCUUUCUCAGGGUUGUACCAACAAUACCAGCACUGUGACUCUCAAAUCUGCUUUUAUGACCAGGGCCGAAACAACUUUGCGGAUGAUGGGGAGUGGACCCUCCUACUGUGUAAUACUUGCGGAUCUCAAGGGACCCACAGGGCUUGCUCUUUCCUUCAGAGUCACUGUACUGAAUGGGAAUGUGGUGAAUGCAGUGCUUCUAAUGCGGCCGCAGAAGAGAUUCCUAGUUGCAGCCAAAUCAAGCGUCAUCGUGAAGACUCAGGGGAAACCAGUCACCAGGAACCCCCGGAAGACCAGCCAUCAUCACCCAAGAAAAGCAAAAGCAAUGACAGCACUGAACAUCAAGAGUAAGAUCUGCUUGUCUAGGAGCCUCAGAAUGCCACAGGGCUCUCUUAUUCAUCCUUCAUUGAACUGCUUUCUCUUGGCCCUACGGGGUUCCUUUGGAACAUAUCCUUGGCAGAAAACAACCUCUGAAACGUUGUUAAGUAAAGGCAUUUGUCUCACCUUCA